CAGGUAGCAGACUUUGGCCUCAGUAAGAUGGUGGACAAUCCUACAGAUGGUGUCCAAAGUAGACUGGCUCUUUCCUCUACCUGCGGCUCAGACUUCUAUAUGGCUCCAGAAGUUUGGGCAGGUCGUAGUUAUACAGCCCAGGCUGACAUCUUCUCUCUGGGUGUGCUUUUCUGGGCCGUGCUGGAGAGAAUCACUUUCCUAGAGGAUGGCACCAAUCAAGAGCAACUGUGCGCGUAUGUAAUGCGAGGCCGCUGGCUCAUCCCGUUAGGUGAGGCACUCUGUCAGAAUCCCGACCUGCAGUUAAUCAUCCCUAUGAGGGCAAGACGUGCUCCGCCACUGCCGCCGCCUCCAAACCCUGCUAUGUGCGAGCUGCUGAUGGACAUGCUAGAUUCUGAUCCUGAUACCCGGCCCACAGCAGACCACCUGGAGAAAAGGGUUCGGCAUGCCAUAGAGGUGCACUGAUCUCAAGAGCUGCAUACUAACAACCAGUCUCCUUUAUACACUGAAAAACUUGAAGAUGAAGCCAAAAAAGUUAUCAAACAGUGAUACUGUUCAUCUAGUUGGAAAUCAAGUUUAAAAAGUAAAUAGAUUUUUUAUUUGUUUUUGAGUGCUGUGUCUGUUACCAUAUACUUUAUGAAUUGUACUAGUAGUUUAUAGGGCUGCACACUAUAUAUAU